GUUCAUAUAUAGGUGUCGGUGUUGCUAUCGGGGGGUCCAUCUCUCCAGCGGUCUUGUCCCUCGUUCAGUCAUCGCCCUUGCCUUCGCUUUUUCAGCCUGGGAUCCCUAUUACCUUAACCCCUCGGCGCUACCUGACACAGCACAGCCUCCCUUGCGUUCUAUCACUGAUCGGCUGGUUUAUACUCAUUUGCCACAGGCCUCCCGGGUGACCGAUCCCGCGUGACUCUCCUCUACCCCUCUAGACGAUUGCUGUUGCCAUCCCGCAACUUUUCAAUCGACACUAUGGCACCAAGAGAUACCAGCAUGGGCAUUUCCCGCCGCCGUCCCUCGCUUUCCCUCCGCACUCGACCCCGGACUGCAACCGUCUCGACUGUCCAGACCGUUGGACCCGAUAACGAGCUUUGGCAUGGAUUGUCCGUGGUCGAUUCGGACGAUGAUGGGUACGAUGGACAGGCGUUGGAGGAGCACCAUAUAAGCGAGCAGGUUCUGGAAGAAACAAAUCAGUUCCCGGAGCCUGCCCCUAGACGCCGCGGAGCCAAGAGCUUCUCCAGUCUGCGUCAUCCUGUGGAUGGGCUGCGCGCUCUAGGGCGUCGUCUUUCUGUGACCAUCCGCAACAAAUCCACAAGGCACUCAGCGAAUCCGAGCGAAGACACCACCAGGAACUCCUGGUGCAACGAAGCAAACGCUGACCGCCGUGCAUCGGUCAAUAGUGUCACCGUUCCCGGCUCUCUUCCGGGUCUUGGCCUGGCUCCCCCGGUUUUCUCGGAUGACUUUUAUGCGGGGGCGGCUGCUCGUGCCGCUGCCGCAGCUCAAAACGAAUUGGCCCGAGCGCUGCGCGAUGGACUCAAGCCUUCCGGGACGAACCUGACCCGGGACUCAGAAAGUGGCAUUGGUAUCGAUUUGCGUGAUCGCUCCGAACUCUCGGACCCUGCUCUAGCGGUGGUGCGGAUCGACCCCGUGGCUUACCUUCCUCCGGAGAUCAUGGCGCAAGUCUUUUCCUACCUUGACCCGGAGUCACUGAUGCAGUCCGAGCUGGUCUCUCGCGCCUGGGGUGAGCAGGCUUCCUCCCGGCCCAUCUGGCGAACCGUUUUCCGUCGUGCCUACAGACAUCAUCGUGCCAGUGGCCUUUCGAAUAAGAAGAGACAGGCUGCCGGUCUGGGCAACGCUCGCCCAGAUCAAGAUUGGAAGAGAUUGUAUCUCGUGCGGCGCGCUUUGGACCAUCGUUGGAAGAUGGGCAAGGCUGCUGCUAUCUAUUUGCAUGGACACACAGAUAGUGUCUACUGUGCCCAAUUUGACGAGGACAAGAUCAUAACUGGCUCACGCGACCGGACAAUCCGCGUCUGGGAUGCGCACUAUCCAUGGCCAUGCCGUAAGAUAAUCGGCCCUCAGCCUGUUGAUGUUCCUGGUAUCGGCCCGGUCAAUAACUCUACGCAACAAUCGUCCGGCAAGCCACCCUUUCUUACCAUCUGUCCUCCUCCCACUCGCUCUGCCGGCAUCAUGACUCCAAUGGAGCAGACUGAGGACUAUCAUAGCGCCUCAAUUCUUUGCCUCCAGUUUGACGAUAAGAUCAUGGUUACCGGAUCCUCUGAUUUUACCUGCAUUGUGUGGGACGUUCAGAAUGACUACAAGCCAAUCCGACGUCUGGAGGGGCAUCGAGCCGGAGUCCUCGAUGUCUGCUUCGACGAUCGGUAUAUCGUCUCAUGUUCCAAAGAUACCACGAUCUGUGUUUGGGACCGACACACGGGCGUUCUAAUCAAGAAAUUGCUUGGUCACCGUGGUCCUGUCAACGCCGUCCAGCUUCGAGGUGACCUGGUGGUCUCCGCGAGUGGAGACGGCAUCGCCAAGCUGUGGAACAUUACUUCUGGACUUUGCGUGAAGGAGUUUCCCAGCAAGGACCGGGGCCUGGCUUGUGUUGAGUUUAGUGAUGAUGCUCGAACAAUUCUCACAGGUGGCAAUGACCAUGUGAUUUACCAGUUCGAUGCCAACUCCGGAGAAAUGGUGAGCGAGCUCAAGGGCCACGAAGGGCUCGUUCGAUCGCUGCACCUGGACAAUAUGAACAAGCGUAUUGUCAGUGGCAGCUACGAUAUGAGUGUGAAGGUGUUUGAUGCACAGUCUGGCGAGCUGUCAAUUGACUUGCCUGGUUGGACGACUAGCUGGAUGCUCAGCGUCAAGUCAGAUUAUCGGCGCAUUCUUGCGACAAGUCAGGACUCUCGUGCCGUUAUAAUGGAUUUUGGAUAUGGCCUAGACGGAAUAGAUUUACUGGAGGAGUGAAGAACCACUUAGAACCGCUGUGGUUCUCGCUCCAUGGAGUUUUGCAUUACAUUUUUUGGAAAAGUUUUCGCUCGGGAUUGGCGGAGUUCACCUGGUGUUUUGAAAUAGUAGCUUGGAAUUCGUGUCAUUAUCAUACAUAAUCGAAUAGCGAUAGAGCGUGUUGAUCUUUACUAGAAUCAUCUAAUUUUACUUUGACCACGGC